AACCAUCUCACUGCAAACCUCCGCAAUGGCGUUCCGACGCCCUCUCGCUCUCCACCCGCUCGUGAUCGCCUUCGUGCUGGUCUCCUGUCUCGCCGGCACCGCCAACGCGAAGCAGACGGGCCAGCUGACCGUGUUCUGGGGCCGGAACGCCGGCGAGGGCACGCUGCGCGAGGCCUGCGACACGGGGCUCUACUCCACCGUCGUCAUCUCCUUCUACAGCGUCUUCGGGCACGGCCGCUACUGGGGCGACCUCUCCGGCCACCCUCUCGCCGGCGUCGGUGCCGACAUCAAGCACUGCCAGUCCAGGAACAUCCUCGUUCUCCUCUCCAUCGGCGGGCCCGGGAACGGCUACUUCCUCCCGUCCUCGGCCUCCGCCGCAGCCGUCGCCGACAACCUCUGGAACGCGCACCUCGGCGGGCGCCGGAACGGCGUGUACCGCCCGUUCGGUGACGCCGCCGUCGACGGCAUCGACUUCUACAUCGACCAGGGCGCCCCCGACCACUACGACGAGCUGGCCAGCCGCCUUGAUGGGUACAACCGGUUCUACCGCGGCCGGAAGGGUGUGCGCCUGACGGCGACGCCGCGGUGCGGGUUGCCCGACCCCCGCCUGGGGGCGGCGCUCCGGACGGGGCUGUUCGAGCGCAUCCACGUCAGGUUCUACGGCAACGACUCAUGCUCGCUGGGGAAGGGCGGGACGUACGGCGUGGUAGAGCAGUGGGAGAAGUGGACGGCGGCGUUCCCGAGGACGCAGGUGUACCUGGGCCUCGCGCCGGCGGAGAGCGGCGUGCCGGAGGGGGCGCAGGGCACCGUCGCCGUUUACCUCAAGUACCUGUACUACGACCUGCUGCCCAAGGUGCAGAAGGCGAACAACUAUGGCGGGGUCAUGGUCUGGGACAGGUUCACCGACAAGAAGACACGCUGGAGCAGCGUCGUCAGUGGAUGGGCCUGAUCGUAUAUAUCGCUGGUUUACAGCUUUUUUAGAAAAGGGAUCGCUGGUUUACAGCUACGGAUCGGAGUGUAUUACUACUACUGUGUAUAUGCGUAUGUACGAA